GCUACUGAAAAUUUCUGUCAGAAAUGGAAUCUCACCCAGACGAUAGAACUCCACAGGAAAUCGCACUAAAUAAUCCGAUUAUUUUGAUGGAAAUAUUAAAGCAGUCCGACGUCCAGUUGAAAAAUUGUCGACUAGUUUGCCACUUUUGGAACGACAUCAUUCUCGCCCUUCCAAAUACAAGACUUGGAUUAAAACUCGAUUACAAAUUAGACUGGAAGAAAGGCCCAUUUUCCUUUCUCGGGUUAUGUUUCUCAUUAGAUGACCGACUCACGAAACGGAUCAGCGUCACGGGCACAAGUCACGCUAAAGUGGCAGACUUCGGCUUCGGCAGACUGACCCACUUUUGCGACAAAUUUAGCGACAUCGUGCAAAUUAUGGAGCUUUCCAUCGAAGACGAAGACUGCUUAAAAUACAUCCACCAAGUCUUAACAAAUUGCUGUCCGAAUUUGAGAAUUCCUACAAAAUUUUUCUGGAACCGCUCCCACCAAAACUAAAGUUGAAAUCUUUUGUACUCAAAUCCAAACUGAAGUCACCGGUUCGUUCCCUUACCAGUUUUGCUCAGGUCGUUCUCAACGCCUCGCCAAAUUUAAGCGAGGUCACAAUUCCAUGGGGAAGCUACCCGAAUUUUGAAAAUUUGAAAUUUCUCGACUC